GUGUCAACUCCUUGGUGGCCCAUGUUUCUCGAGGCACCAAAGGAGGUUGUGGAACUACCACCAGCAGAAAAAAUAAUCCUUCCAGGACCAUCAGUCAAAUGGGCAAAUGAGUUGGCUGACUUGGCAAUAAAUAAAAAUUAUAGACUUAGAUUGCUUAGAGCACAAUAUAUUUUUGAGGGAUUUUGUAGCUGGUUGGAAAUGGUGGAAAAAUUGGCACUUGUCCAAGAUUGUCUUGAAACUAUAAUAAGAAUGCAUAAAGAGAGAG